AUGAGUAAAGAACAACAGCCUGUUGCUGAUGAUUUAGAUGAUGGAUUGGAAUACGAUGUUCAGCUUUCAGAUAACGAAGAUGCUGGGUUCGUCAAUGACGGUGGUGAAGAGGGUAUAAGUAAUGAUGAAACCGAAAUCAAUGACAAUACUACUACAACUACCACUACCACUGCUACAACAUCCUCCCUUAAACGUAGAAAUUCCAACACAAAUAAUUCACUUAAAGAAAAGAAAAGAUUGAAAAUGGAAAUGGAUAUUGAAUCAAAAAAGAACUUAUCAUUGGAAGAAAAUCCUGAAAUUAUAGCAGAAUUUAUCAAUAAUAAAAUCCGUAGAAAGAAUCCUAAUUUAUCAGCAUUAGAAUUGACUGAAUUAUAUUUCAACAAGAGUGAGAUCAGAUCUACUUCAGACUUUAAAGAUACUAGAAACUUGGAUAAUUUGUCCAAAUAUAUCAAUUCUCGAUUUAAAAAUAUGUUACCUAAAGGUGUUAAAAAAGACAAGAAGAAAAACAACAAGAAUAAUAAAAAGGGGAAAAAGGGAGACGAUGAUAGUAACAAAGAUGCUGAAUCGGAAAAUAAGGAAGAAAGGAAAUUUAUUGCCAUUGUAUCAAUGUCAGCUAUUAGAGCUUGUGAUAUCCAUAGAGCAACUAAAGAUUUAGUGGGAUCAUCAUUAAAACUAAUCAACAAAAACAAACUACACAUUGAUUUGAAACUUGUCGAAAGCACAAGAUCUAGAGUAUUAUGCUGUACUCCAGGUAGAUUAAGCAAAGUAUUGAACAGUGAAGAGUCUGGCUUGUCAAAAGAUGAAAUUAAAAUUGUUAUUAUUGACAAUUCAUACCUAGAUACAAAGAAACAGAAUAUUUGGGAUAUAAAGGAAACAUUUGAAGCUUUAAAGGAAUUGACCAAAAAUGGAUCAAAAUUGUAUUUAUACUAA